AUGCGUUCUCUUCUUAUCCUCCUGGUUUUGGCUGCUGUUGCCUACUCACAAAAUAGCGAUCGUCUUCGAUGCGGAUUCUCGUGCUCCCGUCGUACCGUUGUCUCUGCACUUAUUGACGGAGCUCCUGGAACCGCCACCUGCUCUGAAAAUACAAGCCCAUCGAGAUGCAGAGGAUGUUGCCGUGCUAGAGCACUUCAGGAAGGACUCACCAACAUUUUCGCUUCUGGAUUCAUUUCCAACGACCAAAGAAGUUGCGUCUGCUGCUUCAACAAUACCAACCGAAACUGUGGUGGUGGAAACACUUUCUUCGAUGGAAAGAAAUAA